CUUCUUCAUAUCUCAAAUCCAAACACUCCAACUUUCUCUCUUUCUGUUUCAGUCUUUAAAACUUUCACUCUCUCAGAGUCUUAGCUUUUUUAUUUUACAAUGGCUCGCUUUAGCUUUGUGGCUUUGGUUCUAAUGGCAGUGCUUGUGGGCUCCGCUUUAGCCCAAUCUCCUUCACAAUCUCCUUCAAAGUCGCCAACACAGGCACCUUCUCCUAAAGCUUCAGCGCCGUCGCCUACAGUUAUAAAGACUCCAGUGCCAGCUCCGUCUCCGGCAGUGGUGAACUCUCCACCAUCUCCUCCUCCGGCUUCUUCUGAUGCUCCGUUGAGUCCUCCAUCUUCCAUUAGUACUACACCUACUGAAGCUCCUGUACCGGCUCAGAGCGGUGCCGUUUUGAACAGAGUUGGGUUCGCUGCUGGAUCUGUGGCUGUAGCAAUAUUCGCUACCGUUUUGGUGUUUUAGAGAUUACAAGUGUUCUAUGUUUUUUUUGGGUUUUGGUGUUUUAUAGUAUUUAAUUAUUCAAUAUUCAUUCAUUCACAGUGGAUUUGGUCGUAUUAUAUGUGAUGUUUAUUAUGGUAUUUUUACUAUACCCAUUAAUAUAAUUUCUUCUUUAUUCUUUUAA